AUGCCGAUGCACGGCUGGAUGUUGGCGCUGUGUCUCUGGUGUUCAGCGCUCGGCUCCCUCACCGCCGCGCCGUCCGCGGCGGCUCGGACCGCGUCUCGGCUGACUGAGCCCGGCGGCGGGAAACCGGGGAAGGGGAGGCGGGCGGGCUCCGUGUGGCCCUUCUGGGCGGCGCCGCCGGAGGACCGGACGCCGUCCUUCCUCUCGCUGCCGUUCAGCGUGCCCUUUGACCUCUGGAGCGGCGGGGGGGCGGAGGGGCCGAGCGGGACGCGGGAGGCGCCGCCGAACGGCUCGGGUGCGGCGGACAGCGAAGGCCCCGCGACCGCGUCCUCCCGGGAGGAGCCCCUCGCUCCCACACGGACGGGGACGGUCACCGCGGAAACGACCUCUGACCCUCCGGCACCCACGGCGACGGACCCGGCCCCUGGCUCCGCGGGGAGCCGCCGCCCUCACGCGCCCGGGCUCCACGUCAGCGUGAGCGGAGCGGACGCGCAGACCCCCCCCACCGCCGCCGUCGCCGUGACAGCGACGCACAGCAGCCACGCGUCAUCCCCGGCCCCACGCACGGAGGAGGAGCAGGAGGGAGGGGAGACCCACAGCUCCUCGCCUGACCCGAUUACAGCGGAGGCGACGGAACCCACGUCCGCCGGGGACCGGAUGACGGCCGCGGGGCCCGGGCCGGGGUCGGGGCCGGGGUCGGGGGCGGACGCGGGGGUUUCGGGAAGCGGAACGAGGGCUGCGGAAGGGCGGACGGAAGCGGAGGCGACCGCGGGCGACGGCGCCGGGGACUUCGAGGACGUGGCGUGGAGGCCGACCCCGACGGAGCCGUCCCUCAGCGCCGCGCCGCCGGCACGAGGGGUCCUGCGGGGGGUUUUCGGGGGGCUGCGGUCGGCGGGCCUCGCUCCCGCUCCCCACGGCUCUCGCUGCGGCGAAGGAGGAGAUCAGUAUUCCGCCCGCGACCACGGUCACAGCGCAGAUGCUGAUUGUGCUGCGGACUUAAUUGUUCGUUUUUUUUCAAAGAUUAUUUUACGUUCGCUUCGCCGCGACUCCUUCUCUCGAACACGUCCGGCCCGACGGAGAGGCAACCGCGGCACUUUGCCCGAGACGGGGGGAGAGGUCGGAACACGGCCAGAGGUGGACGAGCCAAUCAGGCGCUGGACAGCCUCUGUUUCCCCGGAAACACCUUUGGGGCCUCUGCAUGCAGACCCGCCGGGCGACGACGACGACGAGGAGGACUGGUCUCCCGACACGACGGCGGACGACUCGUCCCCUCCCCCCGACUGCGACUCGGACCCCGCGGGCCUCUGCAACGCCUCCGAGCCCUGGGGCCCCGCCUUCCCGGACGACGACGACAUCGACGACGACGUCGUCGACGACGACAACAACAACAACAACAACCGCUCCUACGACCCGUCCCUGCCGCCGGCCCCGCCCAUGCUGGUGCCCCUGUCCUCGGACUGGGGCAGCGCCCUGGCGACGUGGGGACGGGCCUGGGAGGCGCACGUGUACGGUCUGGGCGCGGUCUUCGCCGCGCUGGCGCUGGCCUCCGCGCUCAACCUGCUGUGCCUGCCCGCGCGCUGCCCGUCGGGCUGCGGGUACUUCGCCCUGGUGGACCUCUUCCUGCUGACGGCGUGCUGCAGCCGCGCCUUCUCGCUGUUCUACGACGCCUACGGCCGGCGGGACAGGCUGCCGCCCGCCGGCGCGCUGCUGCUGCACGAGCUGCCCUUCCCCUGCCUCACCGCCGCCUUCGGCAUCGUCUUCCUCCUGCUGUCCAUGCGCUCCCGCAUGCAGCUGUCCAGCUCCCUGUUCCAGCACCCCUGCUUCCUGGCGGCGCUGGUGCUCCUGCACUUCGGCGCCACGCUGGGCUCGGUCGUCCUGCUCCAGGUGUUCACGCGGCUGCCCUGCCUGGCGUUCGUGUCGCAGGGCUCCUUCGUGGCGCUGGCGGCCUUCCUCUCCGCCGCCUACUUCGCCUUCUACUGCUACGUGCGGGCGGACGCCAAGCACAUCUACCACCUCAACAACACCUCGCCGCUGGCCGAGCGCUACCACCGCUGCCCCUUCGCCGACCCCAAGGACUGGGACCGGGCGGCGGUGACGGCCGCGUUCUCGGCGCUGUUCGCCCUGGCCUGCGCCGGGCUGCAGCUCUACGCCAUGCUGCACGCCCUGGGGCUGGGCGGGGCGCAGGUCUUCCGGCCCUGGCCCUGGUGGGCCUUCCACCUGGGCUGCCGGGUGUGCGAGGCGGGCGUGUGCCUGAGCCUGGCCCUGGUGGUGGGGCCGCCGCUCUUCUGCUCCGGCGACCUGCCCCAGCCGGGCCUCUGCUGGCCGCGGCUCUCCUGCCCCCGCGGGCGGGUGGACCUGAAGUCGCCCGUGCUGACGGGGAACUACCAGUGGUCGCUGUCCCAGCAGGAGAAGCUGGUGAUCUGCGACUCCAUCGGGCGGCGGGAGUCUGAGUGCCUGCCCCUCUACACCCUGGUGGACACGCGGCUGAGCAGCCUGGACGGGCUGGACCUGCUGUGCCACGCCGGCGGGCGCCUCUCGCCGGGCGCCCUCGACGAGGCCGGCUCGCCCAAAUCGUCGCCCGCCAGCGACUCCACGGGCGACCUGCGGCCGCCGUCGCCCAUCAACCUGCGGCGCAGCAUCGACGAGGCGCUGUUCGGCGAGCCGCUGUUCCCGCGCAGCCUGUUCGGCGCCUCGCGGCUCCGCGGCUCCAGCGAGUUCUCCCUGGACGCCCGCGGCGCGGCCGACCUCCGGCCCUUCGCCGAGAACCCGGCCGACCGCGGCCUGUACCGGACCUCGUCCUGCGCGGAGAUGGAGCGCCCCCCGGAGGAGAGGCGAGGCGCGGCGGGGGCGGGGGGAGGCGCGGGGUCGGACUCCGACUCCUCCGGGGGUUGCUGGAGGGGCAGCAGCGCCUCCCUCGACGGCUCCUCCCUGGUGCUCUGCGCCUCGCCCGAGGGGAGGGGCCGGGGCUCGUUCGGCGUCGCCGCCGGCAACCCGGCGGCGCAGCUGCAGAGACGCUACCGGACCCCGGAGGGCCCCGGGGCCCCUGCCGAGCGGGACCUGGCCGUGCAGGCCGAGUUCAUCAGCGUCUGCCGCCAGAUCGACGCGCUCAGCGUGUGCAGCGACACCAUUGACCUGUGA